CGGCCGGCGAAAUAUACAGAGGUACACGUACGUACACGGAGUGAAUUUAGUGUAGGCCUAGGGCUAGGCUAUGAAGCUGAUAUUGUAAAUGUUAUCAUCACAUCAGGAAAUCAACAAUGCUACCUCCGUCGAUGAAAUUAUGCCAAUUUCUCUGCCAAAAGACAUUUCUGAAACCAUCAAGUCUUCCAAAUUUGCGACGAUUUCAAUCCGCAUGCAUCCGGAAGGCACGGUUAAUACAGAGUCUCAAAGACAACAACAAGGUCAAUGAUGAACUUUUACAGCAAGCACGGUUUGCUGUGUUUCGUAACUUCAAGCCUUUAGUAGCUGAGAAUUCAAGUGGAGGUUAUCAUAUACCAUGGAAAGGAUUUUGUGAACUUUCAGCAAUCCUUAGGGAGCAACAGCCUGUACUAUUAACCAAUGACAUCAGUGCUACCACUGACCCAACUUGUAGUCCUGAGUCUUUUUCAUUUGCAAUUAAUAUACCCAGUGAUGGAGAACAAGGUACUGAAAAGUCUAUUGGAGAUGUGACUGAAUUCGCAACAGAAAUGCGAAGAGCAAUGUUUAUUAUUUCUCAAGAGGAUACUGAUAUCUUGUCUCAAGGCUAUGGGUUGUUAAAAUGGCAUUCAAUGAAUAGUUUUUGCCCAAACUGUGGAACAAAGACAGUUUCAGAUGCAGUUGGCAGUAAACGUAUGUGCGAAGAAUGUAAUCAAGUUAAUUAUCCAAAGAUGGCACCAAUUGUUAUAACAUUAGUCAUGGAUGGUGAUAGAUGUUUAGUUGUAAGACAGCCAACAUUUCCUCAAGGGAUGUUUAGUGCCUUAGCUGGGUUCUGUGAGAUAGGUGAAACAAUAGAGAUGAGUACACGGCGAGAAGUAGCUGAGGAGGUUGGACUUCUGGUUGACAAUGUGCAUUACCAGCAAUCUCAACAUUGGCCAUUCCCCACCAGCGGUUUGAUGAUAGGCUGCUAUGCAACCAUCAUACCAGGCACCGCACAUCAGAUGAGCUUAGAUGAGAAGGAAUUAGAAGAUGCAAGAUGGAUGUCUAGAGAAGAAGUAAAGUCUGUACUUGAAUCAAAUACACGUUCAAAGGCCGGGAGGUCAUCGAUAUGGUUUCCACCACCAGGGGCUAUUGCUCAUCAUCUAAUUAAGCAUUGGGCAUUCACUAAGUAAUAACCGAUGUUCCUAUAUAUGAAUGUUAUAUUUAUAUGAUAUUGGACAUAAAGAACAAAUUUAUACAGCAAGUUAAAAGAAAAUAUUGAACAGUAGAUAACAUUCUAUGUUUCAUUUGAUAUUUUACUCUAUAUUUAUUUUACUUACUGAAUCAUUAUAAAUGGAAUAAAUUGUUACUAAAUUGGAAAUAAAUUAUAUUACACUGUAAAUGUAACAAAUAGGAAUGCACCUCGUUUUUACCUUCGUUUUCUUCUGUCUUACAGCAAACU